AUGGCGUUCUCAGAUGCUCCUUCUCCUCUUUCUUCUCCUGCUCCGCCUUCAGCCAACACCGCCGAUGUCGCUAUGAUUGUCAAACGCCGCCACCUGUUGUGUAUACGUCGUGAGGAAAUCGGAAGACCGACGGCUUUAAGGAGCUGUGGUGGUUCGGGGUUGGACCGCUACCUCCCUUCUCUAUGUCUUGAUGCCGAUGCGCCAUUCCAAGAUGACAAAGCCACUCUUGCUGUCGUUGACGCCGAUCCAAGCUCCGUUGCUGUCGGCUGUUGCGCCACUGCCGCUGCCACUCACCUCAGUGAAGUGGUGUUUGGGUGUUAUUUAGCCGGAAUUCUUGAAGAACAGUCACCACCACCGUAA